UCGCAGGCGGGCGCCCAGCGCCCGGGCCGGGGCGAGCGCAUGAGCCGCGCGCGCGGGCUGCUGUGCCGCGCCUGCCUCGCGCUGGCCGCGGUGCUGGCUGUAUUGCUGCUGCUGCCCCUGCCCCUGCCGCUGCCUCGCGCGCCCGGCCCGGACUCCGGCCGGCUCCCGACCCCGGGCCGGACCCCCGGGGUCUCCCGCCUGCAGCCCGACGACAUCUUCAUCGCUGUCAAGAGCACUCGGAAGAACCACGGUCCGCGCCUGCGGCUGCUGCUGCGCACCUGGAUCUCGCGAGCCCCACGACAGACGUUCAUCUUCACCGAUGGAGACGACCCUGAGCUCCAGCAGCUGGCCGGCGGCCGCAUGAUCAACACCAAUUGCUCUGCUGUGCGCACCCGCCAGGCACUAUGCUGUAAAAUGUCGGUGGAAUACGAUAAGUUCAUAGAGUCUGGACGAAGAUGGUUCUGCCACGUGGAUGAUGACAACUACGUGAACCCCAAAAGCCUGCUGCACUUGCUUUCCACUUUCUCAUCCAACCAGGACAUCUACCUGGGACGACCGAGUCUGGACCACCCCAUCGAAGCCACUGAGAGGGUCCAGGGCGGUGGCUCAUCGAACACAGUGAAAUUCUGGUUUGCUACUGGUGGGGCUGGGUUCUGCCUGAGCAGGGGCCUUGCCCUCAAAAUGAGCCCAUGGGCCAGCCUCGGCAGUUUCAUGAGCACGGCGGAACGGGUACGGCUGCCUGAUGACUGCACAGUGGGCUACAUCGUGGAGGGGCUCCUGGGUGCCCGGCUGCUCCACAGCUCCCUGUUCCACUCGCACCUGGAGAACCUGCAGAGGCUGCCGUCCGAUGCUGUUCUGCAGCAGGUCACCCUGAGCUAUGGGGGCCCUGAGAACCCACGUAAUGUGGUGAACGUGGCCGGAAGCUUCAGUAUACAACAGGACCCUACACGGUUUCAGUCUGUGCACUGCCUUCUCUAUCCAGACACCCACUGGUGUCCUGUGAAGAACAGGGCUGAGGCGGCUUUUCAGUAACUGGCGGCCCCUGGCGCUGCUCUGUACGGCUCCCUCAGCCCUUGGGUUCAGGCUGAAGCUGCUUGCAGGCUCCCAGGCUCCCUGCUCCAGUUGGACACCAGGAACCUCCGGAAAAUGAGGACAGCUGGGCCGUGCAUGCUGAGAUCAUCCCGGAACAAACACUGCUGAGCCUCGAUGCCUCUAGCCCAAAGGUCCUUCCCACGGCUAAGGUCUCCUACCCGAGUGUCUGUGGCCCAGGAGGGGACUGGUUCUCAGCCCCCCACAGCUGCAGCUUUCCUCACCUGUGGAAGAUGGUCCAGGUGGGCUGGCCAGUAAGGGGUGGGCUCCAAGCCUGCCCACAGGCCCUUCCAGAGGGCUCACAAGGCCCCCGCCACCACCCAGGAUGUGCAGAUGACCUGGCCAGUGGACACGAACGACCAGCUCCAAGGCUGCGCUUCCAAGCAGAGCUGCUGUUCUGCCACCAUCCGUGGCCUCCCGAGCUUCCCGCAGCCAACAGCACAGCUCGACCCUUCCCUCUGGGCCCCUCAGGAGCAAGAGGCAGACCCAGGGGCACCCGGGGGGACUGUCAGAGGAUUGAGUAAAGGCGUCUCUGUCAUUUCCAGUUGGGGUCCUCUUGUGAUAUGUGACCGAGACACUUGGCAGCUCAGCUUCGCGGAUGUCCACACACAGCUCCCUCUCUCAGGAAGGCCUGUUGCUGCAGCCCUGCCCACCUCCUUAACCUAACAUACGUGAGGCCAAACAGGACUAGAGUGGGCUUCCUCAACACCCACGGUGGAACUGCCGCCGCACAUACGUAAGCGCGGCUGUGUGUGUAACUGUGCCUGAGUACAAAGGCCAGUGUGGGCACAUGUGUUUUGUGCAUGGGUUUGCUGGUGAUCUGAGAGCGCAGGCACAGCUGCUGUGUGCAUGGCUGUGCCUUGGUAAUAGCCUGUGGGUGUGGCCAUGUGAGUGGUGUGCUUGGGUACGGGGGCGUAGCUGUGGCUGCUGUGUGGACAGGUGUGCCUGGGUGCCUGGACACACACUGGCCCACCGCAGUGCCUACCACGCAGUGUGAAGGUAUGAGUGUGGGCUACAGAGCCCACAUUAAGAGAGAAAAUAAGCUGGACAUGGUGGCACACAGCUUUAGUCUCAUCCCUCAGGGGGAAGAGGCAGCUGGAGGCCAGCCUGCUGGACAGAACUAGUUCCAGGCCAGCCUGGGCUACGCAGAGAGGCCCCGCCUCAGGAAAAGAAUAAAACAGAUGCUUUGUACUGGAGGGUGGUGUCUGAGGGCAGCCUCCAUGCACGUGUGAACAGGUCCAAACAAUGCACCACGCCGGUGUGGGUCAGAUCGUCCAGGGCUUGGGGCUUGAGAUGGCUGGAGCUCCAGGGAGAGGCUGUGGCUGUGUACAGACAGGCUCUGGGUGGAGGGGCAAGGGCUGAGGCUGGGAAGCAGGCACGGUUCAGCCUCCAGGUUAGACAGCCUGAAGCGAGAGAGCGGGGAGUCGGAAGCUGCUGCAGAGUCCUGACGUGACCUUAUGGUGCUCUGAGGGAAGUGUCCGCUCAUCUGUGACCCGCUCACCUGCCUGUGCGCAGACGUGGAAAUGUGGCAAGGCUUAACUCCACCCAGCACCUGGGGUUCGGAGGCCUCCCCUUGGUCCGUAGCCUGCACUGUGCUCGCUCAAGGCUCCUCCAGAAAACAUUGUCCUUGGGUUACAGGGGUAAGGAUGGAAACGGCCACACCAACAGGAGGGUUGUCCACAGACUCUUCGGGGUGACAUGACUGCUCAAAACAGGCCAGGUCUCAACCGCCAGAAGCUGUGCAGCUUGCCACGGGACAGAGAACACGUGGCUGUGUCUUCAGAGUCCACACCUGCUGGGGCCCUCGCUGUAACCUAAGCACCACACAGCUCACCGAUACCCAGAAACUGCUCCUGCUCCCUCAUUGCUACCUUUGACUCAUGAGCUCAUCGUUUGAGAGCGCCCUGGCGCACAAGCCCCUAUUUCUAAACGGCCAGUAUGUUCCAAAUGCCGUAGCCUUCUCCUUGUCACACUGAAGAUGGCUUUACUGUCCACAGUUUCUUAUUCGCUGUGGGGGAAGGUGGUGUGUGCGCGCGCACAUGUGUGUCUGGGAAGGAGAGAUGCUCACAUAGAGGUCAGAGGCUGACGCUGGCUGUCAUCUUCAAUGGAUUCCACAUUGUUUUGAAACAGGGUCUCUCAGUGACCUGAAGUGUACCAUUUCAGCUAGACUGGAGGCCAGGGAGCUGCCACCGUCCCUCCCUCCCAGGAUCCUCCUGUCUCCACUUCCCCAGAGCUUGGGGGACCGAUUCCUGCUGCCUCCUCACUCAGCUUCUUACCUGCAUCCCAGGGAUCCAAACUGAGGUCAUGUUUGCACACCGUGGACACUACCCCUCCAACCAUCUCUCUUAUCCUCACUUUUGGAUUCUUCAGGAUGUAUGGGGAGAGAGCCGUGUUUCUCUUCCUGUUAAUUCCUAAGCGUCAGCAGCUCUGGUUGGGUCCCACUAGCUUCACUGAGAGUUUCCAGUUGCUCUCAAACACUUAACUUUCUGCCGGGUGGUGGUGGUGGCGGUGGCCGAAGCACGCGCCUUUAAUCCCAGCCCUCGGGAGGCAGAGGCAGGCGGGACUCCGAGUUUGAGGCCAACCUGGUCUACAGAGCGAGUUCCAGGACAGCUACACAGAGAGACCUGUCUCAAAACAAACAAACAAAAAACAACUUCUUGGGAAAUGCCUUUGAAAAAUCCUAAGGCUUCAUCCUCAGAGCUGACUCAUCUGACAAUUGUGUUUGUGAUGCUGAAGCCCGAAAGCCUUCCAAGGCUUCUUGGAUGUUUUGUCUUUAAUUCAAACCCGGAGCUGCACACCAAAUCUCCACUCAGGGAAGAUGCAGCAAUGGGCUGAACUGAUCCGGAUGGGAGCUUAAACAAACAACAAAAGGGAGGAAAAAGUCCCUCUCUUUGUAGAAGCGAAUCUCUGAGUUUGGGCUGUCAAAUGACCUGUGUCAUUUGGCUCACUUUUCUUUUCUUAACAUAUUUUAAUUGAUUCUUUGGGGAUUUUCACAUCACACACCCUAUCACACCCUGUUUCCAGUUCUUCCCUGUCUUUCCCUGAAACCCUUGGUACCUCCCCGCUAGCUACAAAAAAGAAGAAACAAAAAGUCCAA